UCAUUCAAUACACACGUUCACAGUUGGUUGAUUUGAUGGUAAAUAAACAAGUCACAAACGAGCGAUUUCAUAUAACAUUUUUUUUUUCUUCCUCUCUUCCGAUGACGUUGACAUUCAAAUCUUUUAUUUUUCAUUUGGUUUAUUGAAUUGAGAAUAAUUUUUUUUGUUGUCGUGUCAUUCUUGAUCAAAGUAAAAAAAAUAUAAUUCGAUUGGAAAUCCCUUAAUCGUGUUGAUUGAAAUUCUUUUUUUAUAACAUCAAUGGCUGAACGUCGUCGUCAACGAAAACGUCCAGAGUCAUCGGUCAAUAAUGAAGAAUUUGAUAAACCAGAAAAAGUAGAAUAUGAGAUUGCAAAAUUUCUUCGUUCAAAUUUACCACCUAAACAAACUACAUUGUUGGGCCAUAAAGUCGAUUAUUUUAUUGCAUCUCGAGCAAUCGAUUUGUUGAUGAAUUCCAAAUGGGCCCAAUCAAACAAACGUAAUGAUGAGGUUAUGUUUCCUUCUCGAGAAUCGGUCAUUAAUUACAUGAACGUUAUGUUGCGUCAUAAAUUUUUCCAUCGUGCAAAAACAAUCAUCGUUAAAAAAGAAAUCAAAAGAAAACAAGAUACGGAUAGCACUGAUGAAGGUACCAAAAGUGAAACGAAAAAGAUAAAAAAUGCUGGUGAAAAAUCUGCCAAAAAUGCGAAAGAACAAUCAACAACAACAUCACAGGAAAAAACAUCGAAAAAAGAGAAAAAGAAAGUCAAAUUAGACAUGCAUAUGGAACAAAUUUUUGUCGAUGCUAAUGAGCCAUAUGUUUGGAUAUAUGAUUACAUCCCAAUGCGUACAUGGUUGAUUGGUGGAGGUUUAGUAAUAGCCGCUAUCGCGAUAUGUCUUUUCCCAUUAUGGCCUCGAACUGUUAGAAAUUAUGUUUACUAUCUGAGUAUAGCUGUCGCUGUUUUCCUAUUCUUCAUCAUUGCGUUAGCGUUAUUAAAAAUGGUCGUUUUUGCAAUUGUUUGGACAUUAACAUUUGGUCGUCAUCAUUUAUGGAUUUUGCCUAAUCUUACUGAAGAUGUUGGAUUUUUCGAAUCAUUUUGGCCAUUAUAUAAACAUGAAUGUAAAUCAAAUAGAAACGAAGAAAAUAAUGAUGAUGAUGAUGAUACUCAAAAAAAUGAGCCAGAUGAUGAUACGAAUAAUAUGAAAGAAUGUAAACCGAUAAAUAAUAAAGAAGAUAAUGAAGAAACCGAUGAUGACGAAGAUGAUGAUAAUGACGAAAAUUGUAAUGAAGAUUCUGACAAUAAUCUAAAUGAUUCCAUUACCGAUACUAAUCGUUGUACGAAAAAUACCAACGGUUUUGAGAUAUUGGAUACAAAUGAAUGUGACGAAAAUUGAAAAUAAUAAUUUUUUUGAUUGAUACUUUUUUUUGCUUGUAUUUCUGUAUCCUGUUAUUACAAUUAUUUCCAAUUUUUUUUAUCUAUAAACACCUGCAUGUGAUGAUCAAAACUGAAACAAACAAGAGAAAA